AUGGGUUCUUGGUUUUCGAUUGAUUAUGGAAGUGUUUCUGCAACAACAAUUGGAAUCCAAGCUAGUGAAGAUGGCUACAAUGUUUUAGUUAUUGAUAAAGGCGGAUUUGUUUCCGUAAAAUCGAUUAAUAACAACAAUUCUACGCAUACACUCAGUUUAAUACCAUCAUCAUGGUGUGUUUCGCCAAGAGGUGGCUGGAUUAUAGGAUUCAAAAACGGAACAGUUUCUGAAUUUGAUCUAAACUUGAAUUUAUUACAAUCUUUUACAACACCGGGAGCAUCCAAAGCUCACAAAGGUGUUGUGACACAGCUAGUCCCAACAAAAGAUAAAAAUACUUUAUUUAUUUCAACAGGAGAAGAUAAUACGAUUAAUUUCUGGAAUUACAAUGGAAUACAAACCUUGACAUUACCAAUAUCUGCUAAGAUCACUGCGAUGUGCAUAGCCAAUGAUAAAUUAUUCACUUGCGAUACAAGACAAAAGGUUUCUGUGAUUGAUUUAGAGACAAGGAAUAAUCAAACAUAUAAUUUGCAUUCAACAGUGAGUUACAUAACCCCUAUCCCAGGUUACAAAGGCUGUUUGGCCGCUUUAUCCAAUGGUCAGGCAGUAAUUUUGUCAGAAAAGGAUUUAGUUGCACAAUUUUCGUAUAACAAUAAUACUCCGAUUGCAAAUCUUACUCCACUUCAUGUUGAUCGACAAAAUGGCUUAAUUACUUUUUAUUGCGUCAAUGAAAAAGGAGAAAACAGUUUAAGAUGCUUGGAAUACGAAAUCAAAUCGAAAUCAAAGUCGAAACCUUUCUUUUCUGUAACGAAUGAGUUUCUUUUUACUACAUCAGGCGGAAAAAUAGUUAGAUACUCAAUUUCUGCUUUGGCAAAAGAGUCAAUGUCAGGACAUCCACAAAUUGACCUUCCAAGAACUCAAAUUGCUAAAUUUUUCAAUAAAUAA